AUGGGACGCUCGAGUCUUUCCUCCAUCAGGCGACUGACGCCACACCGAUUUGAGCAGCUGCACGACAUGCCGGAUUAUGGCCAUGGGAUGUCGAAUCCCAACGACGUAACCAUUGAUAUUCCCCUCACAGAGACGACUUCCCGUUCUCAGACGGGCGCCCGUAAAUGGGCGUCUAAUACUAGUCCCGUCGACGGGAACUCAUCCCCUACCGAAAAAGCUCCAAUCGUUGAUCACCAUCAUCACCGUCGUGGACCCGGACGCAGGCGUCGCGUGGACACCAUCAACGAUAUCAAUGGCAAGCCUGCCGAGUCGCCUGAAGACGGCUCCAUCAAUCGCAUGGGCCGUUUCUACCAGGCUGUCUUGAAUUACUCCCUUAUCACUCGUUAUCUCAUUUAUGUUCUCCCCGUUGCGAUUUUGAUCGCUGUUCCAAUCAUUGUUGGUGCUACGGCUGCGCCGUACGCCAAAAUUGGUGGUGUUCAUAUUUACUGGUUCUUCACCUGGAUCGAGAUCGUUUGGUGCAGUCUUUGGACCUCCAAGCUCUUCGCUCAUUACGUUCCUUACGUCUUUCAAUUCUUGUGCGGUAUCGUGAGCUCCGGUACCCGCAAGUAUGCUCUUAUUCUCCGCGCCCUCGAGACGCCAAUUACUUUCUUAUUGUGGUCUAUUAUCUCUCUGGUGACAUUCUUGCCGGUCAUGACUUUGACCCCUGGUAAGAAGGCAUCUGGUGACACUGCUCCCAAGUCAUGGGAGAAGAGUGUCAAGAAUAUUCUCUUCGCGCUGCUUGUUUGCAGUAUCAUCUAUUUGGUUGAGAAGGCUCUUGUGCAGCUGAUCUCGAUCAGUUAUCACCGUAAGCAGUUCGAUAACAAGAUCAAAACCUCUAAGCGCAACGUGUACCUGGUCACUCUGCUCUUCGAGGCUUCGCGAAACAUGUUCCCCGUCUACUGCCCUGAGUUCAAGGAGGAGGACUCUCUCAUUUUCGACUCCAUCCUGGCCCAGGCUGGUGCUAAGAGCAAGCGAUCGUCUGUUAUGCCGCUGCGCAUGCUUCGUCAGGUCGGCAAGAACGUUGGCCGUGUUGGUGAUAAGGUCACUGCUGCUUUUGGAAACGUUGCAUCGGAGCUUACUGGUAAGCAAGUGUUUAACCCGACCGCUACACACAGCAUGGUUAUCAAUGCUCUCGAGCGCAAGAGUCACGCUGCUGCUCUGGCACGACGAAUUUGGAUGUCAUUUGUGGUCGAGGGUCGUGAUGCUCUGUUCUUGGAUGAUAUUGUCGAGGUUUUGGGUCCUGAGCACGAGGCCGACGCCGAAGAAUGCUUCAUGUCUCUUGACAAGGAUGGAAAUGGUGAUAUCAGUCUUGAUGAGAUGGUCCUCACUAUUACUGAGUUUGGACGUAUGCGAAAGGCCCUGAACCAUAGCAUGCACGACGUCGACCAGGCUAUUCGUGUGCUGGACAACUUGCUGAUGUGUGUUGCUGGUCUUGUUGGUGUUCUUGUCUUCAUCUCCUUCGUCACUUCUGGAUUCGGUACCGUCAUUGCGGCCGGUGCCACCUCCCUGCUCUCCCUCAGUUUCGUUUUCUCCGUUACUGCCCAGGAAGUCCUGGGUUCUUGCAUCUUCCUGUUUGUCAAGCAUCCCUUCGAUAUCGGCGAUCGUGUCGAAGUCAACGAUGUACCUUUCAUUGUGGAUCGUAUCUCGCUUCUCUUCACUGUCUUCCGUAACGUCAAAGAUCACCGUGUCACACAGGUGCCAAAUAACGUUCUGAACAGUCUCUGGGUUGAUAACUUCAGUCGUGCCAAUGCUAUGCAUGAACAACUCACCAUCCCCGUCGCAUUCGAUACUACCUUCGCUGAGGUCCAAUUGCUGCGCGAGGAGAUGGAGAGCUUUGUCCGUGACAGGGAAAACAACCGUGACUUCCAGCCUGAUGUUGAUAUCGAGCUUGGUGGCGUUGGCGAUAUGGACAAGCUCCAGCUACGUGUUGAUAUCCGUCACAAGUCUAACUGGUCCAACGAGACUAUUCGUGCUGCUCGACGAUCCAAGUUCAUGUGCGCUUUCGUCCUCGCUGUCCGCAAGGUCAAGGUCCGCGCUCCUGGUGUUGCCCUUCCCGAAGAAGAACCUGCCGAUGCUGCCGAUGGCGAUGACAAGGGUGAUGACGAGGGCACCGGUGCAGGCCUGCGCAAGACUGAGCAGGGUGGCGGUGCCGAUUUCUCCAAGCCCGACCCCGGUGUCGCUGCUGCUGCCGCUGGUAUCCUGAACUACGAGAACACCGCUCAAUCGACUGGCUACGACCAAGGCCGCUCAGGCACCGGCACAGUUACCCAUCGCGGUUCCACACACACCAACGCCGAGCGUGAAGCCGCCAUCCCGCGAUCCGAUCGAUCACCACGAGAACCCCUCCACCGCACCGCCUCGAACCAGCUUAGCACGCACAACGGGGGCUCCGGCCACAACAUAACCCGCGGACUCUCAACUGGACACCGCAAGGCUGGCGAUCGUGCCUCUUUCGUCGACCAAGACGCUCACUCCGGCGCCAAAGCCACUUCUCUCUCCCCAGUCCCCGCUGGCAUGACCCCGUCCUCCAGCCAAGUCCCCAUCCUUGAGACACCCAACCCUGGCUCCCGCAACAGCACCCGCUACGAGCCCCGUCCUCACUCAGGCCACGGACCGAGUCAGAUGUCCACCGUCCAAAUGGACAACGGGUACAACCAAGUCCCCGCCGGUGGCUGGAGCGCAGAGAAUACCCCCGGCCGUGACCGCCGUGACUCAAACUCUGAGCUCCACGACAUGACCGCACACAGCACCUACCAGAUCCCAGAUCGCUACGAUCCCGUCUCGCCCCGGUCUGGAUCCGUCUACUCCCCACCCCACCCUACCGCGCCCCCACCAGCCGCGACGCCCUACACCACCGGUGCACCAGCUCCAGGUGAGGAGCCCGAAGCUCGCCGGGACUCAUUCCUGGGCACGGCGUUGAGAAAGAAGGACAAAUCUCCUUAUGGGGAUCAUGAGGCUUGA